CGUUGGAGUUCGCGGACGGACGGCUGUCACCGCUUUUUUUGUGUGACAGAUGUUUUGCGCGAUUAAUCCGCUUUGUUAAUUCGCGGUCGCGCGGUCGCAAGUGUAUACAAGGGAUACGCUAGCGAAGCCCCCUUCUCCCGCGAUUUCUCACGCGCGGUAGAGCCACGCGUCACCGCCCGUUUGUGCUGUCAUCGUGUCUGAAAAGUCUGAAAUCUCGUCGGGAGAGCCAGGAGUAGACAGAGAAGGAGAGUGAGCGGAAAGAGAGUGAGCGAGCGAGCGAACACCGGAGGAAGGAGAACGCGCCUCAUCAAAUGUCUCGCGGACGAGACGGUUAGAUAUCUUCGGUGGCGAGCGGAGUGAAAGAGAGAGAGAGAUAGCAGGACACCGAGAGGGAGAAAUAUAGGGAGACUCGGCCAGCUGGUGUUGCGAAUUCGUGGGCUCGUCACAAACGCCAGGAAGCAUUGUCCGCGAAGCGCUCGGAACUCGUGGUGAGCGAUAAUAAUCGCUCGGGGAAGCUCAGCGGCGGCUGCGACGAUACCCGUUCCAUCAUCGCAGCGACAAUGGCAAAGACGUACGAUUAUUUAUUCAAACUGCUGCUGAUCGGCGAUUCCGGCGUAGGCAAGACCUGCGUGCUGUUCCGUUUUUCCGAGGAUGCAUUCAACACCACCUUCAUCUCGACCAUCGGCAUUGACUUUAAAAUUCGUACCAUAGAAUUGGACGGAAAGAAAAUUAAGCUACAAAUAUGGGACACCGCUGGACAAGAAAGGUUUCGCACCAUAACUACAGCGUACUAUCGUGGUGCGAUGGGAAUCAUGUUGGUGUACGACGUUACAAACGAUAAAAGUUUUGAAAACAUUAAAAACUGGAUUCGUAAUAUAGAGGAAAAUGCGUCAGCGGAUGUGGAAAAAAUGUUAUUAGGCAAUAAGUGUGAGCUUACAGACAAGAGGCAAGUGACGAAGGAAAGGGGCGAACAACUGGCUGUGGAAUAUGGCAUUAAAUUUAUGGAAACCUCGGCGAAAUCUAGUAUCAAUGUGGAAGAGGCUUUUUAUACUCUGGCACGUGAUAUCAAAGCGAAAAUGGAAAAGAAACUGAAGGAAGCGUCGAAUCCACCGAAAGGCGGCGGUCAUCAAUUGAAAGCUUCAGAACCACAAAGGAAGCCACCUAGUUGGCUCGCCCGUUGUAUUAUACUCUGACCCCCCAAAUAUUUUCAACUGUUCAAGGAGGCGCAUCUAUUUACUAUCAUUAUUUACUUAUGUUCAUUUCGUCGAACAAAACCGAUGUUCUGUGGAACUUUUCACAUCUCAAGUAUCGGAUAUAGUGGAUUUAUUCCUUGACAAUGAGAAACGCAUCGUAUUAAAGACUCAGAAAUUAUUUACAUGAAUGUAUUUUUUUGCCGAAGAAACCCUCAGAGGAGAAAGUAUUAAAAUGUUUUAUUUUUAGUGCAUAGAAAGGGAAUGCAUACAUGUUAAUUCAUGCAACUUUUACAAUUUGUUAUGCAAACAUUUUCUAGUUAAUCAAUAUAAUUAAAGGGACUUAGGUGAAAUAGUUUUGCAGUGGUUUAAGUUGACGGGAUUUAUAUCCUAUUGAUGUGAUCCAUAUCCUAUCGUAUCUCUUAACUUUAAUCGGUAUUUGCUCUGAGAUUUCCUUAACUGAAAUUUGCGGGUCCAGUGUACUUUAAAUUAAUGUAUCGUUGCUUAAA